AUGGCAGCGAACCCUUCAUUCAUUUUAGUAGAUACUCGUCGUCCACAUAAUCAAUCAUUCAUACAAUUUUGCAUACACGCAACAUCAGAAAAGAAGAGUUGGAUUGCAUUAAUGUGUUUAGCUAAUUUGUUACUUUUAUUCAGUUUCCAUUUGCUAUAUGCUAGGCUCUGCAAUGGAUUUCCCUAUGUAGUACCAAGCACGGCCAGAUCUACAAAUCCAAUACAUUAUACAAAUCUUGAGCAACUAGUCAAUAGUCCAGAGAAUAAACAGAUUUUCAACCAGCUCAAGUUUUCCGACCAAGCAUUUUACGAUCCUCAUAACAAUGUUGUUGGAACGAUCGAGUUCCCACUUUUCAAUCAAUACCAAAGACAACCCUACGUUACAAACGGGUACAUUGGAAGUAGAAUCCCAAACUUAGGGCAAGGGUUCACUUACGACCAGCUCACCAACUCGCUGACGGCAAAUGAUGAUGAUUUAUUAAAUGGUUGGCCACUUUUCAAUAAGAGAUACUCAGGUGCAUUUGUUGCUGGGUUUUACGAUUUACAAAAGAACACAACAGGAACCAAUUUUGCUGAAUUGUUAGAAAAUGGGUACGAAAGUGUGAUAGCUGCUGUGCCGCAGUGGACUGCCUUGUCAUUAAAUGUUGAGCUAUUGGGUAAGAAGUAUACGCUUGACCCCUCGUUAGAGCAUGAGGUAAUUGGGAACAUUAGCAAUUAUGUCCAAAACAUGUCAUUAUCGGACGGAAUUGUUACUACUCAAUUUACUUGGUUAAAUUCAAUUGAUGUGAAGUACGAAGUUCUCGCCCAUCGUGAGAAUAUAAACUUGGGGUUAGUCAAUAUGCAAAUCUAUAAUUCAGGAAAUGAAAGUGUACAGGUCGUUGUCUCCGAUGUACUUGACUUUAGCUCGUCGCAAAGAUGUCAAUUGAAUAAAGUAGCACACGACAAGAAUGGGAUUUAUGUCACAUUCAAUCCUCAAGGAUUGAGUUACAUUGAUGGUGCAAUAUACUCUACAUUAUCAGUUGAUGGUGACAUCACCAGAGAACAAAUUAAUGAAACAGUCUCACAGAAAGCCAAACUUACCAUGGAACCCCACUCAUGUGUCCAAGCUGCUAAAUUUAUUGGGAUUGCAACUACUGAUUUCGAUCCGGACUCUUUUAAAAAUGCAGAUGAUGUAUUAAAGUUUGCAAGAGAGGUUUCUCAGAAUAAAAACCAUGGUGAUGCCUCUCAAUUAAUCAGUUCGCAUAGGCUGGCGUGGUCGAAAAUAAUACAAGAUACUCCUUUAAUUACAUUUCCAAGUGACCCAUUGUUAAACUUGGGAGCAAGGGCGUCCAUUUUUCAUUUGUUAGCAAAUACAAGGCCAAACGCCGAAGGGGUUACAGGAGCUCUUGGUGUGAGUGGUUUGAGUUCCGAUAGCUAUGGUGGAAUGGUGUUUUGGGAUACUGAUCUAUGGAUGCUUAAUGGAAUAUUACCAUUUGCACCAGAUCACAUCAAAAGUUUUAUUAACUAUCGAGUGCAUCUACAUCAGCAAGCUAUUGACAAUGUACCUAGCGGCUAUCAAGGCGCGGUAUACCCUUGGACAAGUGGUAGAUUUGGUAAUUGCACAGGAACUGGUCCAUGUUUGGAUUAUGAGUACCAUAUUAAUAUGGCAGUUGCAAUGGCUAGUUGGCAAUUGUAUGUUAGUGGAGCCGCUGAUGAUACAUUUUUGGAAUCUGUGGCUUACCCAAUCAUAAAUGAUGCAGCAAGUUUUUUAGCUGAGUAUGUGGUCCACUACAAUGAUACGCUUGGCAAGUAUACCACGAAAAACCUCACCGACCCCGAUGAGUUUGCUAAUCAUGUAGACAAUGGUGCAUACACAAACACAGGCAUAGUUUUAGUAAUGAGGUGGGCACAGAUGGUUGGUAGAAUUUUGGGGAAGGAAGUUCCUAGAGUUUUUCAUGACAUUGAAACUGCCAUGUUUCUCCCAACAGCAGAAAACUCGCAAAAUAUAACUUUAGAAUACUCGGGAAUGAAUUCUUCAGUUGGUAUCAAACAAGCAGAUGUUAUUAUGAUGACGUAUCCCUUGGAAAACGAAUUAAUUGACAAAGAUCAGGCAUACAUAAACAUGGAGUUCUAUUCCAUGAAGCAAGUUGGUUAUGGCCCAGCAAUGACAUUCCCAAUAUUUUCGAUCGUAGCAGCAAACUUGGCAUUCACUGGAUGUGCUUCUCAGUCAUACUUACAUAAAGCAAUUCAACCUUUCCUCAGAGGCCCAUUUGCACAAUUUGCUGAACAAAACAAUGAUAAUUAUUUAACUAACGGUGGAACACACCCGGCUUUUCCAUUUUUAACAGCACAUGGAGGGUUUUUGCAGGCAAUAUUACAAGGUAUAACUGGGAUGAGAUUUGAUUAUACAUUUGAAGAUAAUAGAUUACAACGUAUAUUGACACUAGAUCCAAUUGCAUUACCUUGUUUAGGUGGAGGUGUGAGAUUUGAUGGUAUCAAGUUUGACAACCACACUUUGUCAAUGGCAAUUAACGAAACACAUUUUGCCAUCAGAAAUAAUGGGAAAGCAACACCCAAUGCCCAGAACCAUGUGACAAUAUUAUUAGCAGAGAGAAACCCAAUGCACGGAAAGUACACCAUUAAUGACAAAGAUGAGCUAUCAUUCCCUUUGUUUGAGACAAGCGAGAGCUUCCCCGAUAGCGUAUCUGAAUGCAGCAAAGCAGGAUUUUUCAAUAUUACUGAAGGUGCAUAUGGGGACGUAUCAAUACUGAUUAACGAUGGAGACAAUACAACGAGUUGGCAAACUAAAUAUAACGAUACAACGGGUAAGGUUCUUGUUGAUUUGAAAUCUCUUAAAAAUAUAUCCAGUGGAACUUUUAUUUGGGGAGACAAGCCACCUAAAAGAUUGAAGAUUUCUAAAUACUCAGGUGAUGGUUUUGCAACUGUAACUGACUUUUUUGCACAAGUGGAUUUUGGCAACAAAUUGUUUAAUGAGUAUAAAUAUACUAACCCAGAGGGAAAAUUGCAUAACCAAAGUGAUGUGUUUGAAGAGGUAUAUUCAGGAGAUGUGAAAAUUUCUGCUCCUUUUGACCCCGAGGAGUAUUUCCAAGUAUGGGUUCCUACAAGACACAACAUAACUGAAUUAACUUUGAAUCUACAAACCCGCUUCUUGCUAAUUGAAGUAGAUGAAAUUCACAAUACAGAGCCCAUUGAUGGAGAUUAUGGCGGAGCAAAGCUAGCUGAAGUCGUUUUUUAUUAA